AUGGCCUACUCCAACCUCAUUGAAUGUAUUCAUUCUGCCUUACGCGAGCUGGAUCUUCUUAAAGACAAGCCCUUUUUUUCCCAUAGAUUUGUUGUAAACAUUUUUGAGCUGUUGAGAUUUUGGCUAGGAAACCUCAAAAUGGUUCUGCUUUCUGCCACCAAGUUGGACGUCGACUUAAAUUCCUCAUCUCUGGUGAAGACUGAAGAUUGGGUUCGGGAAAUCGCUGCAAAAGUUCACACUUAUGAUCGUGACAGUCCACUCGCUUUAUUAUCCGGCGCUGAUUGGUUAGAUAGACGCCUUAGAUAUCUUUAUACACUAACACAAGAAUUGUUCUCCCCUCUCCUAGAUGCCCCGCGGCAAUCAAGUAAUUCUUUCCCUAUGGAUGAAGAUGAAGUUUUGAAUUUCAUCAGCUUUUCUCUGGAGAACCUGAAGAAUUUCCAGGAUUUGAAAGGUAUUCCUAGUGGUUUGCGCGAUGGAAUCAAAGCCUUGGGAGAACAGAUGGAGUUCUUGAAAAAUCUCAUCCUCUUUGUCAUACAGAGGAAUGUUGAACCGGAGCGGAAUUUGUUAGCUCAUGCUGGAGUUAUUGCCAUUGAUGCUGCGUUUCUUCUGUUUGAUGAUAUAGUUUCAGAUGAAACCUAUAGAAAUCGAAUGCUUGAGUUGCCCGGAAGCUUUGUUGAGAAAAUGUUGCUCGAGGUUCCGACAUUGGUGCAAAAGAUCAAGCCUGUUGAUCCUCAGACCUAUAAAAUUUAUACCGAAGCACUGAGUAGCACAAAGUUGGCUGCAAGAUCAGUUGCUCCCACUGAUCAAGGUACAGAUGAUGUAAUACUACAGAGUUUCUUUUCUUCUCUCGUAUCGAUUUUUUGUGAGGAGCUUGCACGGAGUACUCAUGUUGCGGUUCAUAUCAAGGAUCAACUGCAACAGCUUUAUGAAGGAUUCAGAUCUUUGAGACAGAUGAUUCUCAAGCAACAGCCAAACAAACUUGAUCACCAGAAGAUUAAGGAAGACAUUGUUAAUCUUGUAUGUGAUGCCGGAGUUUUCAUUUGCUCAUUCCAACAGAGAAAUUUGGAAAUAGGCCUGAAUAUUAUUCAGGAAUUGUCAGAUGCAACCAAAAUGAUUCUGUCCAACCUUGGUGAGAAACAUGCACAAGCACCAUUGUUCAACUCUCGAAGCACUACUCAGUUGGCGUUUCUCGACUUUUUAUCAGAAAAGCUGAUGGAGCUGACAAGCAACGAAGUUGAACCGACUGCUAGGAGUUGGGCUCAAACGGUCAGAGGAAAACUUUUUUCCUUGAGAUCUUUCUUGGGUGAUAUUGUGGACUUGCCAAAUGAUCAGGAAGAACUUCAAAAUCUCAUGGAUCGUAUUCUGGAGGUAGCAUACAGGGUUGAAGAUGCCAUUGAUAACCUCUUUGUUGGUAAUCUCCCAGAUUCUGAUUCAGGAUCAUUUUAUUCUCUCCUGAAAGACAUCAGCACUAUCAAGUCAGAAAUUGAAGUCAUGGAGAAAUCAGAAAUAAAAGUUAAGAAAGUAAGGGCGGCUCAAAGUCAGGUGCAAUCAACUACUCCCUCAAUGACAAAGGAAAUUGUUGGCUUUCAUGAUCAUGCAACAUCAAUAAUUAAUCGCCUCACGAGGGGAUCAAAAAAUCUGAGGAUCGUGGCGAUUGUUGGAAUGGCAGGUCUAGGGAAGACCACUUUGGCAGAAAAAGUUUACGAUAAUCCUACCGUCUUGUACCAUUUUUCUGUGCGUGCCUUCACCACUGUUUCGCAAACAUUUGAUAAAAAGGGUUUGCUAAUGGAUCUCAUAGAACAAGUUGAUCCUGACAAGUAUGUCCAGAUUACUUCUGAGAAAAAUGCAGAAGAUGUAGCCGACCAACUAAGGCGCAGUUUAAAAGGAAAGCGGUAUCUCAUCCUUUUAGAUGAUAUAUGGGAAGCUAAAGCCUGGCAACAGUUGCAACAAUCAUUUCCUGAUGAUUCCAAGGGGAGCCGAAUUAUUUUUACUAGUCGAAAUCAUAAUGUUAUUGCUCCUCUAGAGAUGCUCGAUGAUAAACCUUUUGAACUUAGACUACUCAAUAAAAAUGAGAGCCUGAAUUUAUUGCGAAGGCAGCUGUUUGGUGGAAAUGGUCAGCCCACUGAAUUAAGUGGCGUUUUGAUGCAAAUUGUUGAAAUAUGCAAUGGUUUGCCUCUCACGAUAGUCAUCGUAGCUGGGCUCUUAAGAUCCAUGGCGCCGGAAAAUUGGAAGACAACCAUGGAGGGUUUAACCUCUGGCAAUCUAUCAGAACGUUGUAGAGACACACUGGAGCUAAGUUAUAGACAUCUACCUGAGCAUUUAAAGUCAUGCCUCCUGUAUUUUGCAACGUUUCAAGAAGAUCAACAAGUCUCAGUUGAGAGGUUGCUUUCUUUAUGGAUGGCUGAAGGAUUCAUUCGUAAGGUUGAGAUGAAGCGCCUUACCGACGUUGCUAAAGGAUAUUUGAAUGAUUUAAUCGGAAGAAGCUUACUAAUGGUUGGCAAGAAAACAUCCAUGGGCCGAGUGAAAAGGUGUCGCAUUCAUGACUUGCUGUAUGAAUUUUGUUCACGGAAAGCCAAAGAAGAACGGUUUUUCCAUUUCCUUGAAGAAAGGUAUGAUGAAAUGUCAGGAUUCAGUGAGUCACAGUAUCUGCGGAGGUUAUGCAUUAGCUCUGGUGCAAAGGACUUUCUUGAGUCAAAAGUAUUCUGUCCUAGUGUACGUUCACUGCGUUUCAAAUACCCCAAAAUCCAAGAUGCACCAAGUGUGACACUAAUGAUGCAUAUGUGCAAACUUCUUAGAGUGUUGGAUUUGGAACAUAUUCUUUUAGAUGGUGGUAUUCCAAGUGAAAUAGGGCAGCUUGUUCGGUUGACCUACUUUGCUAUGAGAGGCUAUAUGUUGGAGAUCCCAGGAUCAAUAGGUAAGCUCUCGGUUUUGGAAACUUUUAAAAUAGUUUUAGAUCGUUAUGCAAAACCACUUCUAGCAGAGAGUUUUUGGAAUCUACAAAAAUUAAAGCAUCUUUCAUUUUCCUCAUCCAGUCAUGUUCUUUAUUACGUGGGUGCGAGAUUAUCCAUGGAAAAUCUCGACAACUCAUCUGAUUUGUAUGAGUUGGACACGGUUUCUGGUGUGGUUAUUCCUUAUGAUGCUGUGGAAAGAGUACUGAAAAAGUUUCCAAAUCUUCGCGACUUAAACUUUCAACUUCGUGGAUUAGAAUCAUUAGGUAGCUAUAAAGGAAAUGUUUUCCACAUUGUAGUUCCUGAUGUUUUGACUCAACUGGAAUCACUUUGUGUCCACCACUCUCCAACAUACAGUACUAAGGUUGAGUUCAGUUUGCCAACAAAUAUAAAGAAACUGACAUUGCAUCACUUUCAAUUGUCUGGGAGGAUUUUUUCAAGCAUAGGUAACCUGCCGAACCUCGAAUACCUCAGAUUGAUCAAGGUAGAAUUUGAAGGGAACACAUGGAUAAUGGAAGAAGAGCAAUUCUCCAAACUUAGAAUCUUGAAGUUGAAUUCCUCAUCCCUUCGCUGUUGGAGUGGUUCUGAUGAUCAAUUUGGGUGUCUAGAGAAGUUGGUACUCUCUAAUUGCAGCAAACUGGAAGAGAUGCCUUCUUGUUUGGAAACUAUUUCGACGCUUCAACUGAUCAAGGCUGCUCAUUGCCAUAGAACGGUGACAAGGUUGGUGCAGGAGAUCGGGGAAGUGCAGGCAGACUACGGAAAUUCAGAUAUGAAGAUCAUUGUUUAUACGGAGCGUGAUUAA